AUGGGUAAAGACAGCAAUGGGAUCGAGAUUCAUCAGACGAGAGCGGCUCUCUUGAAGGAUCAAGUCAAAUUGGUUAAGAGAAGAGACUCUGUUCGGUACGAAAUAGUUCCAAUUCAAGACCGGUUGUCAUUUGAGAAGGGCCUCUAUGCGGUUAUCCGUGCGUGCCAGUUGUUGUCUGAAAAGAACGAUGCGAUCAUAUUGGUUGGUGUUGCUGGUCCUUCUGGUGCUGGAAAGACAGUGUUUACGGAGAACAUUCUUCACUUUAUGCCCACUGUUGCUGUCAUAUCAAUGGACAACUACAAUGACGCAAGUCGAAUUGUUGAUGGAAACUUUGACGAUCCACGGUUAACAGACUAUGACACAUUACUCAAGAAUCUUGAAGAUUUGAAGGAAGGAAAACAAGUUGAGGUUCCUAUAUAUGACUUUAAGUCCAGCUCUCGUGUUGGAUACAGGACCCUUGAUGUCCCAGAUUCUAGGAUUGUGAUUAUUGAAGGGAUCUAUGCAUUGAGUGAAAAAUUGAGACCUUUGUUGGAUCUUCGUGUGUCUGUUACCGGUGGAGUUCACUUUGAUCUUGUUAAAAGGGUUCUUCGUGAUAUUCAACGUGCAGGACAACAGCCAGAGGAGAUUAUCCAUCAGAUAUCUGAAACAGUGUACCCUAUGUACAAAGCUUUCAUAGAGCCAGAUCUCCAGACUGCUCAAAUCAAAAUCAUUAAUAAGUUUAACCCCUUCACUGGUUUCCAAAACCCAACAUACAUCUUGAAGUCGAGAAAGGAUGUAUCCGUUGAUCAGAUCAAGGAGGUCCUUUCUGAAGAACAUACAGAGACUAAGGAGGAGACGUAUGAUAUAUAUCUUCUUCCUCCUGGUGAAGAUCCAGAGUCGUGUCAAUCAUAUUUGAGGAUGCGGAAUAAAGAUGGAAAGUACAGCCUCAUGUUUGAGGAAUGGGUUACAGAUACUCCUUUUGUCAUAUCCCCAAGGAUUACUUUUGAAGUGAGCGUUCGGUUACUUGGUGGGCUAAUGGCAUUGGGAUACACAAUAGCAACCAUACUUAAAAGGGACAGCCAUGUAUUUGCUACUGAUAAGGUGAUUGUGAAACUCGAUUGGCUUGAGCAACUGAAUCGUCACUACAUGCAGGUGCAAGGUAAAGAUCGACAAACUGUACAUAACACUGCAUCACAACUAGGAUUGGAUGGAUCGUUCAUUCCACGCACCUACAUUGAACAGAUCCAACUGGAAAAAUUGAUAAAUGAUAUGGCCCUACCAGAUGACUUGAAGAACAAGCUUAGCUUAGACGAGGAUUUGGUGUCUAGUUCAAGCCCAAAGGAAGCACUCUUACGAGCUUCUGCAGAUAGAGUAGCCAUGAGAAAUCAGAACCUCAAAAGAGGCAUGUCACACUCAUAUUCAACUCAAAGAGACAAGAAUCUUUCCAGGUUUGCUGAUUAUUCUUCAAGCGAUAGGAGAAUGGAUGAGUUCUCAAUCCGGAUGGAAGAGCUAAACUCAAAGUUGAGCUGCAACAAAAACUCUCCAACGCAGCAGAGUAUGACACACCAACCUGAAGUCUGCAAUGGCUCAGCUCCAACUUCGAAUUUCAUAUCUGGUCUGGACAAUGGCUGUUUGACAAAUUCCAUAAUGCCUCGUUCAUUAUCAUUCUCCCAAUUAGCCAAGGAAUGGCCAUCAAUAAUGGAAGAGGUAUCGUCCCUCGCACCUGGACAGCGUCAAAUUAUGCAUAAGUUGGAGAAUCUGAGCAAUCUGAUGAGAGAAGAUAGCUCAGCAGCAGAAAGGUUGCGCUUAGAAAGAUCCGGAAGCAAUAAUAAUAUUAGCAGAGGCCAAACAAUCAAGAGCUUCUUCUUGUCCAAUGAGGAAUCGAGUAGCACCCCUAACGUGUUAACCUUAGCUCUCUGCAGCGUAGGGAUUGUAGUAAUCACCACUUACAUUAACAAGCGGCAAUAA